AUGUCCACCCCCGAGGAGCUAAUUCGCGCUGCUGAGACUGGGGAACUCGUAAUCGUUCCCGGCCCUGGUCUUCCUUCGCUCGAAUCGCUCAAUCUCACUUCCCGAGACCUCGUCGUUCGUGCACUCGCACGCCUCGAGCGUCUCAAAGAAGCCGAAGACACUGAGAGAGGGUCAAGUUCACUCACGAAGAGAUACACGCCGACUUGUGACUACAACAGUGCCCUUCUCCUACAAGAUCGUGUUGCGUUCUGUUUCGAGUAUCUCCACUCGAUUGGAAGCACUACGUGUGCAGUUCCAUCCUGGGGAUCGAGGUUCUGUCAUACAGUAACGGGGACUUGGGAUGUAUCCUGGUGGGGCAGGGUGAAUGGGGCAUCUUACACCCAAUCUAGCUGUGCUGAUGUCGCCAAUGGAGGUUUAUGGGUGAUGAAUAACUGUCGCUUCUACUAUCCACCAAAUAACCCUUACUAUUAUAUCCAAGAAGGUACAAAUGCGGCGUGGGGAAACGAGAAUCUCAUCGUUGAAAUCAAAGGAUGGGUAUAG